AUGACGAACAGUUGUACGAAAGACGGCAAAAAUACUGCAAUAUAUCACCAAGAGACUGAAGAUCUCCAUAUCUUGAAUACAAUCAAGCGCGUGAAAAGAUAUGGGCGACAGCAAAUUCUAUUUCCAGCUGACAAGAAAUGUUCGAUCCAACCAAGCAAUCUGAAAGAAUGCGAUGUCAAAUCUGAAUUCAUGCCAAACCAAGAGCAAGAGUCUGGACGAAAUCUGCUUGCAGAGAAAUUUCAGGAGGACAUUCACGAUCCGAUAAAUGUCGAUCAUCAGGAACGAAAAUGGGAGGAUGAUGAGUCAGUCAAAAACAGCUGGACAUCGACGGACAGCUCAUCCAGCCAGCAAAUCUUUCUGGUUGAAACUUCGACAGUCCUUUCAUGUGCUGACGAGCUCCAAUAUCAAACUCAAUCCAAUACAUCAUCAAAAGCUGUGCAGAAGCUAGAAGUAAAGGCUGGCGACGGGAACCUUGGUGCUGCUACAGGCUCCAAGUGUGAUUACAGAUCCGAUUCUCAAAAUGAGGCUGAAGUUAAAGGAGAAGCAAAAUCCAAGACUGACAGUUGUGCUACGAUGUACUCCACACGUGUGGAUACACCUGACCCUGAGUAUGACAGAGCGGCUUCUGAAGAGCCUAAGCAAAACUCAGAAUCUGAAAAGAGUGAUCUGGCUCAAACCAGCUCCAGUAUUGAUCAUGGCGAGCAUGGAUCCCAAAACAAAGCUCGCAUUCCAGUGAAGGAAAAUGGACAAGUAUCUAGGACGAAGGCAGAUUGCGAAUUGGGGUUAAGCACGACUUGCAGAGACGGAGUAUGGUCCGAAAAGUUUUGUGCGCGUGACGAUGAUAACGACGGAGAGAACAAAGCAAAGAGACAGCCGGAACAUCAGGACAAGGGUAGCUGGAAUGCCAAGGGUGUUGAUGAUUGGAGGGUUCAACCACACUUUCAGAGUGAGCAAGAGGCCCAAAACAACAGAAAGCGCGUAAGUCCUGCUCAGGUUGAACCCAAGAGGAAGACAAAACAGCACUGUUCAGUUUGGUCAGGCUUUGUGAAUUUUAUCAAAGCAAAGAACAAGAUGACUGAGGAAAAUAGUAGCCAAUGGCUAACUGAUGCUAGCAGCGGAAAUGAAGACCAAAAAUACAACUCUUGCUGUGCUUCCAGCAAAAUUAAUGAGCAAACCCCUGACUCUAGAUACGAGCCAGAAACUGAGUGUACGACUGGCAGCAACAGCCGUGAAAUGACAGGCUUGUCGCGUCAACAAGGCGCCGAGCCUAAGGCUAGGCCAGAGGCUGAGGAUGGCAAAGCGCAGGAGGAAGGGCUGGUCAGACGAGAAGCAGAGGCCGAUGAGGAGGCUGACAGGGCCGAGUCAAGCUUUGUCUGCAUCGGAAAGCUCGAGGACGAGGCUGAGAGGGCUAAGGGAGCUAAGGAGGAUGACAGCCAGAGGCAAGGAGACCCACAAGCUUGCAAGGAGUACGCUCACGACAAGGCUGACGACGGAAGCGAGGCACCUGGGGGGGUCGGCGAGUCUGAGGCUAGGCCAGAGGCUGAGGAUGGCAAAGCGCAGGAGGAAGGGCUGGUCAGACGAGAAGCAGAGGCCGACGAGGAGGCUGACAGGGCCGAGUCAAGCUUUGUCUGCAUCGGAAAGCUCGAGGACGAGGCUGAGAGGGCUAAGGGAGCUAAGGAGGAUGACAGCCAGAGGCAAGGAGACCCACAAGCUUGCAAGGAGUACGCUCACGACAAGGCUGACGACGGAAGCGAGGCACCUGGGGGGGUCGGCGAGUCUGAGGCUAGGCCAGAGGCUGAGGAUGGCAAAGCGCAGGAGGAAGGGCUGGUCAGACGAGAAGCAGAGGCCGACGAGGAGGCUGACAGGGCCGAGUCAAGCUUUGUCUGCAUCGGAAAGCUCGAGGACGAGGCUGAGAGGGCUAAGGGAGCUAAGGAGGAUGACAGCCAGAGGCAAGGAGACCCACAAGCUUGCAAGGAGUACGCUCACGACAAGGCUGACGACGGAAGCGAGGCACCUGGGGGGGUCGGCGAGUCUGAGGCUAGGCCAGAGGCUGAGGAUGGCAAGCGCAGGAGGAAAGGGCUGGUCAGACGAGAAGCAGAGGCCGACGAGGAGGCUGACAGGGCCGAGUCAAGCUUUGUCUGCAUCGGAAAGCUCGAGGACGGGGCUGAGAGGGCUAAGGGAGCUAAGGAGGAUGACAGCCAGAGGCAAGGAGACCCACAAGCUUGCAAGGAGUACGCUCACGACAAGGCUGACGACGGAAGCGAGGCACCUGGGGGGGUCGGCGAGUCUGAGGCUAGGCCAGAGGCUGAGGAUGGCAAAGCGCAGGAGGAAGGGCUGGUCAGACGAGAAGCAGAGGCCGACGAGGAGGCUGACAGGGCCGAGUCAAGCUUUGUCUGCAUCGGAAAGCUCGAGGACGAGGCUGAGAGGGCUAAGGGAGCUAAGGAGGAUGACAGCCAGAGGCAAGGAGACCCACAAGCUUGCAAGGAGUACGCUCACGACAAGGCUGACGACGGAAGCGAGGCACCUGGGGGGGUCGGCGAGUCUGAGGCUAGGCCAGAGGCUGAGGAUGGCAAAGCGCAGGAGGAAGGGCUGGUCAGACGAGAAGCAGAGGCCGACGAGGAGGCUGACAGGGCCGAGUCAAGCUUUGUCUGCAUCGGAAAGCUCGAGGACGGGGCUGAGAGGGCUAAGGGAGCUAAGGAGGAUGACAGCCAGAGGCAAGGAGACCCACAAGCUUGCAAGGAGUACGCUCACGACAAGGCUGACGACGGAAGCGAGGCACCUGGGGGAAUCGAAUUUGCAGAAGCUCAGUGUAAGACUUUUAGCUACAGUGGUGACGUGACGGGCUUGUUGUUUGGUGAAGAGGCUUGGUCUGAGAUCGAUUCAGAGGCUGAGGAUUGCAAAGCUCAGGAGGAAGGGCUGGUCAGUAGGGAAGCAGAGGCUGGGGAUGAAUUUGAAGUUGCAGCUGUAGAUUGUUUCCAGCACCUGGCUGACCCUGAAUCACAAUCUCAGUCUAGUGCCGUUUUCGUUCUUGGAUCGGAGAUAGAGGAUGGAAACAAUCAGGGAGGAAAUGACCAGGAGAAGGUUCAAUCGGAGGACAGGGUCAAUUUGCAUAUUGCAGCAGAUAGAGGGCAUGAGUCUUUUAGAGCGAUCGCUGCAGAUUCCAUGGAGGGGAGCAUUGUAAAGGAUGGACUAUCUCAUCUCGAGAAAGUGUUUCAAAAGUCUGAUGCACUCGUCAGGCAUGCAUCUGAAGAUGAGUGUCCUCAAACUCCAUUCGAUAGUGGCCAAGACAGUGCAAGCAGCAAUUUGUCUCAGUCCAGCGAUUCGUCCUACAGUUGUGAUAGCGACUCUUGUCGUUUCUUUACUGAAUUUCUUUCGGGGGAUGCUGUUUAUCGGGACGAGUCGGAUUCGGAAUAUGUACCCGACUCUAUCAGCAUUUCAUCGGAAAGCAUUCAGGAAAGUGACGGAGAGGAUCCACUCCACUGCCUGCUGCCUCCAUUGCACCCUGAUCUGAUCGAUGGGGCAUUGAGUUUGGUAGAAGGCCCUGUGGACGACUCUGAAGAACUAUUAGAAGAAAUGCGACAAAACCCUAGCAUCGUUGCUCAGAGGAGAGAGUUUUUGAUGCCUUCGCAAGAGACUGGAAGAAGCACAAGAUUGAUACAGCAAACUAAACAGGACUGUUUUGCGAUGCAGGAAGCAAUGUCGAAGGAGCCAAGGAGCAGGGCGGCGAUGGCGGAGGGGGAGGUGGCAAAGCUGAUGGAGAGAUGUAGAUCUCUACAGAACCAGCUUGAGUGGGAGAUGUCAAAUACGAGCCAGCUGAAGAGAGAACUCUCGUUUGUGAACUCAAAAUUGAGCGAGAAAGACAAGGUGAUAGAUGGACUGGAUAGAUCGAUAAGGGGCCUCAGUAUGCAACUCGAGAGUUCAAACAAAUCUCUCGAUGAUUGCGCAAGGUUGAACGAGGAUUACAUGCAGCAGCUCCACAAGCUGUCCUAUGAGAAGUCUCUCCUGCAGAGUAAACUGAUGACUCUGGAAGAAGAGCUAGAGAUCAGGAAGAAAGAAUCUCACAAGCUCAUGGAGAUGGAGCUGGAGCACGAUAAGAUCUUGACGAUGAACUCGAUACUGCUGAUGCAGAAAGAGCAACUCAGCCAUGAGCUCGUCAAUCAUCAAAGCGUUCAGAAUGCUCAGAGAGAAGCUUCUUCCACGUCAAAUUUGCCUUCAGCCAAGGCUUCCAGUUCAAAGCAGCAAGAAGGAAGGAGAGUCCUUCUGCUGGAUGUCGAGGAGGCCUUGCAUGAGACGGCAGAUGUGAGCAGUGAGGGCUCUGCAGCUCAACCGGGCAGCAUGUUGCCGGAGCAACUUUCACGGCUGGACCAGACUGUCUCCCUCUGUGAGCAUCGGCUGGUUGACCUCCAGUACCACAUCGAGCACAUCCUCGCCACGGACCGGAACCUGCGGAAAGAAAACACACGAUUGCUCAAGGAGGAUGUAAAACUCCCCUCUCUGUCCCGGCAGAGCGUCACUCAGAUGCAGCUGGAUGAGCGAGGCCGCGACAUAUCGCCGACGUUACAACAUCAGCUGGAGGAGGAGAGGUUGAGACACCAGAGGGAGGUCGAAGAGCUGAUGAAGAACAUUGAGACUCUAAAGUCGAGCAACCACAAACUGGAUCAGAUGGUGUUGAAUGCAGAUCAGAACCUGACCAACUACAAAGAAAAGAUCUCCCAGCUAACAAGCACGAAUGCGGAAUAUCAGUCGGUGAUCAGGCGUCUCGAGCUCGAUUUGGAGAUUGAGAAGAAGCAAUCUAACGGCAACCUGCACGUCAUCGAACAAGACCUCAACAACCUCAAGCAUGACUUUGCGCUGAGAACCCUCGAAAGAGACAAGUUGACAAGUCAAAACAAAGAGCUUGAGCUCCAAAUAUCAUCGAGGAACCAGGUCAUCGACAAGCUGAAGGCUGAUCUUGAAAGAACUUCGAAUGACAUGGAGAGGUUGAAAGCAGGUUUCCAAGAAGCGUCAAAGUCCCUUCAGUUCGCUGCCACCCUCCACAGCAACCAGAUAGAAAAAGUUGCCUCAGCAAAAACACAGAUCGCCCGGGAGGCUCAGACUUUAUACAACCGCUUGUACAAGAUGGAGAAUGAGCGGAAGGCGAUGCUCAAGUACAUGAACAGCAAGACUUCAGCUGAGAAGGAAGCUUUCAACAAGCAGAUCCUCGAGCUCAAGAACCGACACGAGCAUCACGUCACGAACCUUCAGAACGCCCUCGCACAAGCUCAGGCCAGGGAGGAGCUGCUGGAGAGGAAGAUCGAAGACCUCGAGCAGAGCGUUGCUCAAGAGAACCUGAGGGUCAUCACAGCAGAGCUCAAGGGCCUCAAGAACGAGAUUCAGAGGAUCGCGAGUCGCAACCGAGGGAUGCUUACGAGGAUAGAGAAGGAGGAGAAGAUCAAGGGGGACCAGCGCGUCCUCAUCUCCGCCAUGCUGAGAGAGCUCAUCGACGUCCAGAUUGAGUUCGGCGACGUCCUGAGUGACAUCAUCACCAUGUUCGAGACCACCACCCUGAGGGAGAUGGAGAACACUGUGCUAGAGGAGGGGAUGCUCACUCACUCGAGAGAGCUGGAGGACCUUGCGAAGCAGUACAGCCAGAUGCUCCACGAGGCUGAGAGUGAGAUCAGCGAGCGCGAGCACAGCGCAACGAACCAGCGACUGCACGAGAUCCUCAUGCAGUUGCAGAGCCAAGACCAGGAGAGUCUUGGGCAACGAUCUUGA